AUGAACAAAUCGGCCACGAGGUUACUCUGUCUCUUAAUGACUGGAUGUUUCUUGCAUAAAGUGAAAGGCCAACAGUGUAGCACGACCGGUACUAACGGAAUAGCUGUCUGUCAGUGCAACUUUAUGGAGGCCUGUGAUGCACUGGGAAACCCGAAUCCCAACUUAGUACAAUACUUGCCAACAGGUGUGGAUCAGCUCGGGCUUGUCGAGCAUGGACAACGAAACGUGGCGUAUUUGUGUGAAGGUGCUGGUGCAGUAGGCAUUCUGUACGACUGCAAUAAUCGAAUUCCUCUCUAUGCGGCCACCGUGAUUAAUGGGGCCCUGUUAUUAGGAAGGAGCCACUGGCGUCGACCAGGAAUUGCUUUUUCACUUAGCGAACAACUCGAUGGACGUUUUCAGCAACAAGAAGAAGAUUACAGAGAUGCUUUACGGCGAGAACUUUGCUAUUUAUCUUCUCAAAGAGGGCGUAGGUACGUCGUUGAAGAGAACUGGUUAAGAGCAAGAGGAAGCCUUUUCAGGACUCAGCUCUGUCCUGGAGGGCCAGUAGUCGAAACAUCAGUCCACCGCGGACACUUGAUUGCCUCACAGUAUGGCCGCAACAAUCGAGCAAAAAUGAGAGCAACUUUCACGUACACCAAUGCUGUCCCCCAGUUUGGAAAGUUUAAUUCGCACCCUUGGAGAACCUGUGAGGGCCGACUCAUUACAUGGGGAAGACAAAACUGUGCUCAGGUAAGAGGAGCAACGAAUGUUCGGUUAUUUAUCGUGGUUGGUACUAUCCCAUCGACAGAACGUGGACCUCCGCAACAGAGAUAUUUUGGCAAAAGGGGGUUCAGCGACUAUAAGGAUGCUAGCAAUUACAGGGUGAACGUGCCUAGCGACAUAUGGACUGCUGCCUGCUGUACUUAUAGCGUUAACGGAAUAUUGCAAUAUCGAAGCACGGCCUUCUGGAGAGAAAACAAUCCAGGAAACGCGCCAUGUAGAAGGACAAACGUAGGCGAAUUAACGAGAAUGUUGUCCGGGUUGAUUUACGGUGGCAUCGAUUUAUUUCCGCAAACACCUCGGUGCAACAAUAAUAGAAAUUACAUCCCUCUGCCGUAAUAAAUACACUUAACACAGCGAACAUAGAUUAACAAAGGUCACCAAAAGUAUAGAGAGAGCUCAUUUAAU